AUGGUCGCAUUCGCUCUUCCCUCCUGGCUAGCUCUAUGCUGGCGCCCCCUUUCUGAGCCGGAUGAGAGCUGGCCACCAGGGAAGCAGCCCCUUCCCAUGCAGCCUUACAGUUCCCCAGAACCCCUACAGGCCGUCACACGCCCUCCACCACCCUGGCCUUCGACCAGCCGUCGCAAUCUUGCUGCCUUCCACUCACAACAUUCUUCCCGAGCGCAGGUGGAGCGACAUUCUCCACCGAUCGAGAAAGUUUUCGAACCCACCCGGCCCGUGCCGCGCGAUCGUGUCUUGGCAGAGGCUCAUGCCCCCACACCAAGGGCCCAUCGUGAAUUCGAUCUUAGUACGGGUGCUGAGAGAGGGAGAGUGAACCCCAAGGAGUGGAGUGCAUUCCCACGAGAAGUACAAGGGGGCCCGACGAGGAAAACAGCACACUCGAAUGCAGAGGACGGGGCGCACCACUCGUUCAUGGAUCUGAGGAGCCCAUGGGAGGAGCGGUGGGAUAAGUGGCAGAGCUUCUUCAGCAAGCUACUUCCAUUUCCAUCGAAGACAAAGUCGAGAGACAAUCUUACUUAA